GUGCCUUGAAUGGAGACAAGAUCAAUGCCACUAUGUAUUACGUGAUGUCUCAUUCCCCCGCCCCGAUUCAUUGGAGAACGACGACGGAUGCGACGAGGCAAGCUCUGUUCUCGGAGCUUUUCUAUGCAGAAGGCUGCUAUGCGGAUCAUCAAACCUUGAUCGAAUCGGCAGCCUUGUGGGGCGACUUGAAGACGCUGACGUCAGUGAACCGCAUUGUGUACUACUGGCUGACGACCCUAGAGAAGCGGGGGUGUCACAAGCUGAUCGCUGUGGGUGCCGACGGCGUCGUACGAGCCAUGGUGCUCAGCUUCGGCGCCUUCAAGUACUCGAACCACCACCUGGAGUUCAGGACUCCGCCCAAAGAUCUGCACCGUGACGUCACAUUUCGUCACUUGGCUUACGGGAAUGGUACUUUCCUCACUGUGUCGGUCGUCAUAAAAGAUGAC